AUGCGUCGGGACAAACAACUAGCUCAAUUUCCUAAAUUGAUUGAGGAGGGCGAGAUAGAGACCGGUAGUGGGCUGAAUCAAGAUUCGUCAAUUGCUCGAGCGGGGGACACUCGUUGGGGAUCCCACUUUAGGACUCUGACUAGUUUGAUGACUUUGUAUGGCGCCAUUGUUAGGGUAAUUGUAGAAGUGGGGAAUGAUCCCUCGUUUGAUAAAUUUGGUGAAACUGUGCUUUUGCUUGAUGUGCUUCAAUCAUUUGAUUUUAUCUUCAUGUUAUAUAUGAUGGUUGAGAUUUUGGGAAUUACAAAUGAUUUGAGCCUAGCACUACAAAGGCGUGAUCAAGAUCUUUUAAAUGAUAUGUCACUUGUUAAUGAUACCAAAAAACAAUUAAAAGAAAUGAGGAAUGAGGGGUGGGAAGACCUUAUAUCUAGGGUUGUGAAAAUUUGCACUAAACAUGAUAUUGAUGUACCUGAUAUGGAUGCGCCAUAUAUGGAAGGAAAGAAACCUAGGCGAGUCACUCCGGUUUCUAGUGUUUCUAAUUUGCAUCAUUAUAAGAAUGUUUGUUUGUUUAGUGUUUUAGAUUUGCAAUUGCAAGAGCUUACUGCUAGGUUUAAUGAAGAGAAUAUCGAACUUGUACAAUGUGUUUCAUGUUUUAGUCCUGCUAAGUCAUUUGCUGCUUUUGAUGUGAACAAAUUAUUGAGGAUGGCUGAGCUUUAUCCAAAUAAUUUUGUAGAUUGUCUGAUGUAG